AUGCCAAUACGUCAGAGCCUCAGAGCGCCGGCCAGCGUGUCAACCCAAUUUCCUAAAUCCCAAGCGCCCAGCUGAUUCAGUGCUGUGACGGAGACACUAUUCACCGCGACUUAAUCCCGCAGCGACGUUAUCUAGUACAUCGACUGGACUCAUAUCCUGCAAGCGCAAUGGAAGAAGACUACAAGACAGACAGAGGUCCACCACCGCCGUAUCCGACUCCAAUGACCCCGACCCCCCGUCCGCCUCCCUCAGGCAUCCGAAUCCCGCUGCAGCUCAACUCUCGCAUCCCUGAUCUCAGAUCCACCAGAGCACCCCCAUGCUACGAUGGAGACGGCGUUUCUCCAGUCUUCAUCGGAUCUGCAAUCUUCCAAAGCUCUGUCCAUCCCUGCAAGAUCGCGCCUCAUCUUCCGUUUCCCUGCCGCGUGCCAUACGCUGGCACUGAGGUAGAGCAUCAGGGGCGGUAUGAUCUUCUGCCAUUUGACCCUGAUGCUAUGGAAUGGGUCUGUACGAGUCUAGGUCGUAUCCCUCAAGGGCGGUAUCCUGUUGCUGGGGGUUAUGAAGAGGAUGGGACGAAUUUGUAUCAUGCACGGGCUCGCGUGGGGCAGACCUGGGUUCCUGGUAAGACAGGAGAACAUCUUGGGGGAUGCAAUGUCGCAUAUGGUGGUCAAGAGCACGUCGUCUCAACAAGCUAUGAGAUCUUGUGCUGGAGGAGUGCCACACAUCUCGGGAAAGACAAAUAGAUUGGUUAUAUCGAUACGGAGUAUGCAGUCGUUCCAAGUUUACCUUGAUAGAUAGAUUGAUCGGAACAUGUCUACCAAAACCAAGUGGACAACAGGGCAAGUAUGAAGACAGGAUACAUCUACAACCGUAAGAUGUCGCCAAAGAAUACGACAGUGGUGAUUUUUGAGUAGCGAGAAGCUACCCAUGAAGCACGUACAAGUACAGAUAAGCUCUGAUCACCGAGCUCCCUCAACAACAGCAGGUUGUGGCUGGGUCUGUUGUGGCUGCUGCGGGCUGUGGAGCAUACCAGUACCCAAAGCCUGCGUCCGGAACGCCAAACCACGUGUCUUCUCGAUAACAGAUUGAUAUACUGGCAAUGGGGAGCGGUGGAUCUCGAUGACAUUCUAUAAAGAAGAUGACGAUCAGUGAAUGAACUCUCCAGUACGACGUUAUUAAGUGACACCGAAAUGGGAUCCGCACCUUUUCGAGGUCGAUCUUCGCUU